GGCGAAUGGAAAGAUGGAAAAUAUCAUGGCAAAGGAAAGUUGAUUUAUGCAGACGGCAGACAGUACGAAGGCGAAUGGUUCCAUGGGGUCAAUCACGGCAAAGGAAGUUUCCUGUAUGCCAAUGGGGAUCGCUAUGUCGGAGAGUAUAGGGGCGGGAAACAACAUGGUCAGGGUAAGUUUCUGUGGAAGAACGGAGACAAGUACGUUGGUCAAUGGCAAAACGGGAAGAGGCACGGCAAGGUAAAUAAAGUGAAAGGGGAAAGAUCUACAGGGAACUCAGAGGUUUGA